AUGCCAGAUAUAAUGAGACUUAUAACCAAAGACUUGUCUGAACCAUAUUCAAUUUAUACAUAUAGAUAUUUUAUACACAAUUGGCCUAAACUGUGCUUUUUGGCAAAAGACAAAGAAAAAUGUGUUGGAGCCAUAGUUUGUAAAUUAGAUUUACAUAAAAAGUUGGUUCGUAGAGGAUAUAUUGCUAUGCUGGCAAUUGAUUCUGAUUAUAGAAGAAGGCGUAUAGGUUCAAAUCUAGUGACAAAAGCAAUUCGAGCUAUGAUUUCUGAUGACUGUGAUGAGGUUGUUUUGGAAACUGAGAUUACGAAUAAGGCAGCAUUGAAACUAUAUGAAAACCUAGGCUUUGUGCGUGAUAAACGCCUAUUUAGGUAUUAUUUGAAUGGAGUUGAUGCUUUGCGAUUAAAGUUGUGGCUUAGAUAG